AUGGGGGAGGCAGAGGCACAGGCGGGAACGGCCGUGGAGCUCAGUGGCCUGCCCCCCAGCGUCCAGGACGAGCUGCUCACGCUCUACUUCGAGAACCGCCGAAGCUCGGGGGGUGGGCCUGUGGCGAGUUGGCAGAGACUUGGCCGCGGGGGCAUCCUCACCUUUGAGGAGCCUGCAGAUGCCGCGAGGGUCCUGGCCCAGCCGGAGCACACUCUCCAGGGGGCUCGGCUGAGCCUGCGGCCAGCCCCACCACGCGCCCCUGCGCGCCUGCUGCUCCAAGGACUGCCUCCUGGCACCACACCCCAGCUCCUGGAGCAGUACGUUCAAGCUCUGCUUUGUGCCAUCGGGCACCCGGAGCAGCCUUGCCAGGCCCUGGCCAGUCCCCGACCAGAUCGCGCUCUGGUACAACUGCCCAAGCCCCUUUCUGAGGCAGAAGCUGGAGUCCUGGAGGAGCAUGCCCGGGCCCUGGGCCUGGAGGGGGCUGAGGUCUCCCUGGCCUGGGUGCCCCAGGCCCGGGCAGUGCGUGUGGUAGGAGGUGGCCCCCCUGCAGACCUGCUGCUUCUGGAGCUGUACCUGGAGAAUGAGCGCCGCAGUGGCGGGGGGCCCCUGGAGGGCAUACGCAGCCUCCCGGGGCACCUGGGCACCGUGGUCUCCUUUCGGCACUGGCAGGGUGAGUGGGGCAGGACAGGGCAGUCCCCCACCAUGGCGUGGAGCCCUGAUGACCUUCUGUUCUUUCCCUUCUUCCAAGUGGCCGAACGGGUGCUGCAGCGGGACCACUCGCUGCAGGGCUCAGAGCUGAGUCUUGUCCCCCACUAUGAUGUCCUGGAGCCUGAGGAGCUCACCGAGGAUGCCAGUGGAGGGAGCCGCCCAGGAGAGCUGGGGCCUGGGGCCCCCGAGCAUGUUCUCCACGAGGCAGGAGGACCAGCAAGGGUACAGAAUCAUGCUGGGGAUGUCACACUGGGCUCUGAGGAGGCGCCAGGGCAGUCAGGAGCCUCUCUGAGCACAGGCCCUCGCUGGGACAGCUCAUUCCUGGCACGGGCUGGGCCAGUCAGCUCAGGGCCCGGGGGAUCUUCAGAAGAGGAGGGGCCGGGGAGCCCGAGGACUGUGGGGUCUUUGGACUCAGUGGAGAUCGCUGUGAGGUCUUCAGAGCAGGUGGCGUCAGUGAGCCUGGGGCCCACGGGGUCACCGGGGCAGGAGGGCCUGGUGGAGACGGUGCUGGCGAUGGAGCCGGGAGCAAUGCGCUUCAUUCAGCUCUAUCAUGAGGACCUUCUCGCCGGCCUGGGAGAUGUGGCCCUCUUCCCGCUCGAAGGAUCAGAUACGACUGGAUUCCGGCUCUGUGGAGCCCUGGCCCCAUGCCGGGCAGCCGAGGAGUUUCUGCAAAGUCUGCUGGGCAGUGUUAGCUGUCACAUGCUGAGCCUGAAGCACCCAGGCAGUGCCAGGUUCCUGCUGAGCCCAGAGGGGCAGCACCUUCUCCGGGAGCUGGAGGCACAGUUCCAGUGCGUCUUUGGGACAGAGCAUCUGGCUGGGGCUGUCCUGGACACAGACCUGGAAGAGGUGGGCCCCACUGAGGCCCUGCAGGCCCUCCCUGGCCUCUCCUCCACCCUGUGGCCUCCAGAUGAUCCAGACGGUGACCAGGAGAAUGCAGGCCUGGAGGAGGUCCAAGAGCUGCUGGCCACCCUGGAGGGCCUGGAUGGGGAAGACUGGCUGCCGCUGGAGCUAGGGGAGGAGGAGCCUGAGGGGCAGCAGGAGGAGAAGGAGGAGGCGACGGCCCCUGGGUCUGGGGAGGGGCCCUCAGCCCCCAGCACCAGAGAGCCUGGGCGGCUGCAGGAGGAGGCUGAGCUGCAGCUGGCGCUCUACCGGUCCCUGCAGCCGCGGGGCCAGGCAGCCGAGCAGGAGGAGGCUGCGCUGCAGCGGGCCCUGGCGCUCUCCCUGAUGGAGCCGCUGUCCCUGAGUGGGGGACAGGAGCUCCUCUGGGGCCAGGGCCCAGGUGGCUGGGCCCAGCUGGAGGUGCACGCUGCUUUUGAGCGGGAUAUGGAUGAGCUGGACCGGGCCCUGGAGGCUGCCUUGGAGGUGCACCUCAGGGAGGAGCUGGUGGGGGCCCCGAGCUGCAUGCUGCCGGCAGAGCUGUGUGCCCGCCUGGAGUGGUGCCACGGCGUGAGUGUUGUCCGGCGCAGUGGCCAUAUCGUCCUCCGCGGCUUUGGGGUCCAGCCUACCCACGCGGCCCGCCACCUGGCAGCGCUGCUGGCUGGCCCCCGGGAUCAGAGCUCGGCCUUUCCCUUGGUCGCUUCCUGCUCCACGUUGCCACAGCAGAGGCCGAAGGAGCCCCUGGGCAGGCUGGAGCGUCUUGCUGAGAGCAGCAGUGAGUUCCAGGCAGUGGUGCAGGCCUUCUGUGACACGCUGGACACGGCCCGUGGCAGGAUCCACGUGGUGCGGGUGGAGCGCGUGCUACACCCGCUGCUGCAGCAGCAGUACGCGCUGCACCGGGAGCGCCUGGAGCAGUGCUGUGAGCGGCAGGCCGAGCAGGUCCUGUACCACGGCACACCUGUGCCCACCGUCCCCGACAUCUGCGCGCAGGGCUUCAACCGCAGCUUCUGCGGCCGCAAUGGUGCGCUCUACGGACAGGGCGUGUACUUCGCCAAGCGCGCCUCCCUGUCGGUGCUGGACCGCUACUCGCCACCGGAUGCCGAGGGCCACAAGGCAGUGUUCGUGGCACGGGUGCUGACCGGUGACUACGGGCAGGGCCAGCGCGGGCUGCGGGCACCCCCUCCGCGGCCCCCCGGGCACGCGCUCCUGCGCUAUGACAGCGCGGUGGACUGCCUCCACCGGCCCAGCAUCUUCGUCAUCUUCCACGACACCCAGGCGCUGCCCACCCACCUCAUCACUUGCAAGCACAAGUCCCGGUCUCUCCCCGAAGACGCCCCUGCGCUCCUUAGCCUCUCCCCAGCCACCUGA